AUGCUGGAUUCAGCCACGCACAGCACAUUUCUAUCCAACACAAUGGUCUGUGAUCCCCUGAUGUCUUGGACAGAGUUAUUUGGAACUGAAGAUGAUUAUCCCAGCUUUGAUCAUCAGACAGAUUCCGAUCCUUUCUGGACAUCCGUUCACCCAGAGUACUGGAGUAAGCACAACGUCUGUGAAUGGUUACAGUUUUGCUGUGACCAAUACAAACUGGACGCCAACUGCAUUUCCUUUUCCCGUUUCAAUAUCAACGGCUUGCAGCUGUGCAACAUGACACAAGAGGAGUUCCUAGAUGCUGCAGGCACUUGUGGUGAAUACUUGUAUUUCAUCUUACAGAAUAUCCGGAUGCACGGCAUCUCUUUCUUUACUGAUGCAGGAGAAACAAAGCCACCUAUCAAGAACAGUGCCUUUCGGAGCAAACUGCCCGCAGCCUCGGUGGCACCUCCUUCACUUCUCACGUUAUUCUGCAGUUCAGCACCACCAGCUGGAGAUAAGGCAUGCACGACGGCCGGUGGCAUCACCGGCCAGGAAUGCCACGGUCAUGGUAGAACAAACCUGCAGAGUUCUCAUUUGUGGGAAUUUGUAAGAGACCUCCUCCUUUCUCCUGAAGAAAACAGCGGCAUUCUCGAAUGGGAAGACAGGGGACAAGGCAUUUUUCGGGUUGUUAAAUCAGAAGCUCUGGCAAAGAUGUGGGGACAAAGGAAAAAAAACGACAGAAUGACAUACGAAAAACUGAGCAGAGCUCUCCGAUACUACUAUAAAACUGGAAUUUUGGAAAGGGUGGACAGAAGGCUGGUGUACAAGUUUGGAAAGAACGCACAUGGAUGGCAGGAGAACAAGAUAUGA